UUAGCGGUUGGUCCCGUUUGUCUAUUUAAUAGUACAUAAGAUUUUAACAUCGAUGGAAAUAGCUUAGAGGCUCGAGCAGAUCUGGGAGCAGUUCUAGACAUCCCAUCAGAUGCAGAUGAUCCAUCUGCCUAUGCUAAUGCUUGUAUUUCUAAUGGAAGCAUCUAUGGUCCCGGAUCAGCAAUGCAUAGUUCGUCGUUGUGUGAGUAUUGCUAUUGUCUUGCAGGAAAGCAAGUAUGUGUCAAACCCAAAUGUCUUUUGCCUAGUGAUGGGUGCAGUCCAGUGUUUGAAAAGAACUCCUGCUGCCCAAUAAGAUAUAAUUGUACAAAACAAGAAGCCUUCACUGAAGAAACAAUCAUCGCAACUAUGCACAUGAACAGUGGGUUGCAACAGCAAGGUGGCUGCCUUAUUGACAAUAUUUACUAUCCUGAAGGCUCAAAGGUAAUAGAUGCGGGUCAUUCAGUAUGCGACAACUGUUUUUGUCUAAGGAGAAUGCUAAGAUGUGAAUCUCUUUUAUGUGCUCCACAUCUUCUAGGUUGCACUCCUGUGAUCAAAAUGGGCGAAUGUUGUGCCGCUAGUUACAAUUGUAAUGGUACUCUUGAAAUUAAGCCGAAACCAAAUUACGGUCUUUUUCCCACAAUAAGUAAAGAAUAUUCCAAGUUUAGAAAGGAAAUAUACGAAAAACCUCCAACCAAAAAUUUUUAUAAAGAAAAUGAAGGAGUGGUGACAGUAGUACCAUUUUACGUGUUUGCUGAAACUUUGCAAGAGCCCACAACAAAACUGGUUUAUCAGCGCAGCCCCGAUACCUAUGGUACUACAAGACAAUUUUCUGGCACCAGAAUAACUCCUAGCAGUACUCAAAAUCCAUUGAAUUAUGAUGGCAAUUAUAUUUUGAUUAGUAAUUCUAAGCGACAAAGUACUACUCAAGAGAACAAAAAUGAACAGAAAAGCACCCAUGCAACAACAAAUAAUGAGUUCCAAAAUGACAAUUUUAAGAAAGUUUUUAGUACCACUAUAAGAUCAAAAUUGUAUUAUGAUAUGUUUAGAUCAAGCAACAUGCAACCCUCAAAAACCAAAAAAGAAACCGUUGAUAACAUAGGGCUUAGCAAUCUCAAUAUUUUGAGCACAUUAGACUCGUUAUUGAAUAGUAAAGUGCAAAGAGCAGCUAGUGGCGUUGCAGCAGCAAAUACAAAUAAAGACAAUAAUGACAAAACAUCCAAUUCUGCUGAAAAUAAUGAGCUACCAACAUCCAGUGAUGAAACUAGUACGAUUUUGGAUACAACGACAAAUAAUGAGUAUACGACAGAAAGUUUCUUAUACACUAGUACGUUUUCAAGUGAAGCAGAAGAAACCACAUUGGAUGUAUUAGAAAUUGAAGGACCAGUUACUCUUACAACUAUUUUAAACUCAACUGACUGCGUUAAUGGGAUCGAGGAUAAACUACGAAAAGGUUACCAGGACGAGAAAUCCACAGCAACAACUAUGGAUCCUCCCGAAAUAAAUAAACCAGCUGAAACCAGAAGUGAAAACAUCAAUAAUACCAAUGUUAAAACUAAAAACUUAGCUUCCGAGGAAUUAUUCUACAAAGAAGUAACGUCUCAAGUCAAUAAAUCCAAACACCACUUCAAAACUAAUAGCACGAAAUUGAUAUCGAAUAUUGAUGUCAUUCCGAAUAUUAACGAUAAUAAAAAUGUAGAAGAUUUUGAUUAUGAUUAUAAUGAACCGACUUUGCCUCCCUCUCUACCGAACUUAAAGAUAAUUCCAUUUGUUGCUGCAGACGCAUUGGAUGUUAAAAAAGUAUUUUUAAAGGACCCAGCAUCUUCUGUGAAAGAGAAAGCUGACAAUGGACCAACAGAAUAUGGUUCCGAGUUCAAACCUCCUGAGGAAACUGAAGGUGGCUUUGUUCCGAAAGAACCUUCACCUAAUGAUAAUUUUCAGGAUAAUGCUGUUUCAAUGCUAUCCAUAUUACAUGAAUCCACUGAUCAAAAUAUUGCUUCGUCACCGACGACUACCAGCAGUACAGAUAAUCUAAAUACCACAAGAGCUGAUAACAAUAUAUUCAGUUUGGACAGUGUUCUACAGUUUAUAUUUUCAGGAAGGCCGAAUGACAUCGAGAAACCAAUAAGCCAAACUGAGUCAACGCUCAGAAAUGAAUUUACUACCCCAAAGCAAUAUGAUUUAAACAAAUUGAAUGAACAUCAAAAUUAUUCCACUACGCUUAAACCGACUCGUAUCUCAGAACCAAAACAAAAUGCCACACAUCAAAAUAAUACAUCGGGCAGCUACGUUAAAAUCGAAUUAGUGAAAAAUCAGAAUUUAAAUAAAGUAGAAGAAAAAGAAAACAUAUCAAAUACAAUUUCACCAGUAGAAACAAUUAAAAAUAAAAUAGGUAAACAUUCUAAAAAUCAAUUGGAUGCAAAUAAUAAAACUUCUACAGAAAACGUAACCACCAAUAUAGUUAAGAAUUCAAUAGGGAUAGGACUUUUAAAGCUGGCAGGAUGUAAUAUAUAUGGAAGAAUGUAUAGAGUAGAGAAAAUAAUUUUUGAAUUAUCUGGACCUUGUCUGGAAUGCAAGUGUACUGAAAUUGGCGUGCAAUGUAGACAGCUAAAGUGUUUCAGCGAAGCCAGCAAUUAGUUAUUAAUAAGAUAAAACUUGAUAAUAAACAUUUUGGCGCAAAACAUAUUUCUAUGUUUAUGUAUUAUUAUUUAUGUGAAAAGUUAUUUUUGUAAAAAAACUUUGUUACGUUACAAGAAACGAAUGCUGCUGGAAGUAAAGAAUUUUUUGAUUUAAUUGAACUUAUAAGGUGUUUGAGAAAAUCUAUUAAUAAGAGACUUUUCUCGGCUACCCGUAGAUUUUGGUUUUUAAUGGUUGCGACAAGAUGGGUGCCGUGGCGCUUUUCC